CCAAUCGAUCUCACCUUCUUCCUCGGCCUCGAUCGCCUCCCCUCCCGUGACCCGUCUCCUCGCGGCCUCUCCCGCCGCCGGCCGCAUCCUCCUCGCCGUUUCUAGUUGACAGGAAACAUGGAAUCCAAUUUGAGAAAUCUGGUGGACGAGGAAGUUCUCAGGAAAACAGGCAAGGCUGCAGGCAUCGGUUUAGCUGCUGGCACUGUGUGGGGUGGGCUGGUUUCUAUGCUUAUCGGUGGACCUCAGGUCAGCAGUAAUGUCAAGUAUCCUGAACUGGUUAGAACUGGCAAGGUCUGUGGAAAUUAUGCAGCAGGCUUUGCACUUCUUGGAGCUACGUAUGUAGGCAUCGAACAGUCCCUUGAAAACUACAGGAAGAAGAAGGACUACAUCAAUGGUGCUGUAGCUGGUUUUGCCACUGGUGCAACUGUCCUGGGUUUCAGAGUCAGGAGUCUCCCAACAGCUGUCCUCUCAGGCUCUGCGCUCGCUUUGACUUCUGUACUGCUGGAUGUCACUGGGAUGAAAACAGAUGAAACGGAAACAGCAAAAGAGCAUCACUAGUCAUGCAACUAAGUAGAAGAGCUGUACCUACAAGUUUACAGCUGCUGUUUUGAGAAUGGCCUUUCUUGUUCCGGAGAUGCUAGUAGCCAUCUGCGACUGCAAUACAAGAGGAGUUUCUUUUCUAUCGUAUAAACAUGCCGAAAUAGUUUGUUCAUAUUACAGAUAGUGGCCUAGUAGGGUAUAUACAACGUAGAAGUCCUGCACCAAGUACACUCUUGGAAGUUGCAAUGUACUUAUGGCAUUUUUCAUCUGCGUCUGGAAAUUUCUGAAGUUCAGAGUAUAGAUGGAACUCGUGGUCAGUUGCUCAAGUGCAAUCUUGCAUGAAAUGUGCCUCACCACUUUCGCAGAAGUGGUGGAUGUUCACUUUUGUCGGUGUUAUUAACCGGUGUUAACUAUUGUCGGUUCUUGCCUUUUGUGUGAGCUAUAUUCAAGUUUGUGAUUUCUAGUCAUGGAGAUGUGCUUAUAGCAUCCUUGAAGGCUACGUGCAUUUUUUUUUUCUUUUUAACAAAAACAACUGGAGGUUGAUCUUGGUUGCACAUAUAGCUCCAAUUGACUCUGUUCUUUACUGCUUAUUCCACCUUUGUUUAUGUUCAGUUCUAGCCAAAAGGAAAAACAGGUCAUGCCAU